CGGCUCGAGUAACUUGAAGAGACGGAAGCACGUUUUUAUAACGCAAGCGAAAAGUGCCGGCAGGAGGGCGAGACCCGGGUCUGAGGUGUGUUUAAUCCCUCUGAAUAACCACUACACAUAAAUACAAGAAACCAUGUCAGGAGACGCAGAAAAAGGCAAGAAAGUGUUCGUCCAGAAGUGUGCCCAGUGUCACACUGUGGAAAACGGUGGCAAGCAUAAGACUGGCCCCAACCUGUGGGGGCUCUUUGGACGCAAAACAGGCCAGGCAGACGGCUUCAGCUACACAGACGCCAACAAAACCAAAGGCAUCAUUUGGAAUGAGGAAACCCUGAUGGUUUAUCUGGAGAACCCAAAGAAGUACAUUCCAGGAACAAAGAUGAUCUUCGCCGGCAUCAAGAAGAAGAACGAGCGCGCUGACCUUAUUGCGUAUCUUAAAGCUUCCACUUCAUAAGCAAUUCUUCUGCACAUCUUUACUCAGUGUAGUGACCAACCUCUCAGGAGACCGAGACUAAUAGUUUUUUCUUUUUCUAAAUCAAGAGAGGACAGGGACCAGUUCAUGUGAUGUUUGCUAAAGUGCCACAGUUGUUGGAGCUGUAUAUUUAGUUUUGAUAUCAAUUGUUCUCCUCACUGUUAAGUAAUCGUCCUCUUGUGUCUUUGUCGCAUAUAAAAUGAUUAGUCUGUGUACUGUGAGUUCAGAAUGCAGGGAAUGAAUGCUGUUUUCUUUGUCUUGUUUAUUUCAAGAGCGAUUGUGCCUUUUCUGAUUGACCAUACCUCAAUCGUCCUGUCAGUUUUUUUCAAUUUACAAUAUAUGUACCGGUAAGUUGAAUAAAAUUGAACCAUGUACUUAAAUUGAA